AUGAGGCUCCUUGAGCUCUUGUCGGGCACGGGGUCGAUCGGGCGCGCUUUCCGGGACAGGGGCUGGGAGGUCGUUUCCGUGGACCUCGAUCCCAAGUUCGAGCCCACCGUCUGCUGCGACAUCAUGGAGCUCGACGAGACUUCUUUGGGGCACUUCGACAUGGUCUGGGCCAGCCCUGUGUGCACCGAGUACUCCCAGGCGCUGCGGAAGAGGCCCCGCAACCUCGAGGCGGGGGACCGCCUCGUGCUACGAGCGCUCGAGGUCAUCCGCAACCUGCGCCCGCAGUGGCGGGCCUUGGAGAACCCGCAGACGGGGACCCUUCAUGCACGGGCUGCCCUUCUCGGACGUCUGCUACUGCAAGUACGGGUACCGGUACCGGAAGGCCACGAGGAUCUGGCACAACCUGCCUUGGCGGCCCUCGGAAGCCAUGUGCCUCAAAGGCAGCCGCUGCGCCGCCUUCGCGGACGGCAUCCACCCCGAGGCAGCACAGCGGGGGACGACCGCCGGCCGCCGCGGAUGGUCAAACUCUUCCCGACCCCCGAGUACACCUCGAAGCAGCCGCGCGACAGCGUGGUCCCGCGGGUGCACGGCUGGAGGCCCGUGAAGGAGUUCAUCGAGAAGGACAUGGGCGUGAACACCGAAAGGGAGCAGGUCUACUUCGACAAGUGGGACGAGGGGGCACUGCGCACCAUCAUACAGCAGCAAAAGAAGGUCACCAGAACGUCCAAGCAGCUCGGGCUCAAAAGGCUCUACCAGGUGCUCAUCAUCUGCGACGAUUUCGCGGAUCAGCCGGAAUUGCACCGGAGGACGGGGGACGGCGCCUUGGACACGCUGUUCAUCCGCGGGCGCCACAUGCAGAUCAGCACCUGGGUGUCCUCGCAGAAGCUGCGGCUCAUCAGAGCCGCCGUCAGGGUGAACAUGCAGUUCAUCUGCAUCUGGCGGCUCCGGAACCAGCUGGAGCUGGAGGCGGUGCUGGAGGAGCUCAGCGCCCUGCUGCCCAAGCAGGAGCUCCUCCAAAUGUACCAGGAGGCCAUGCGGGAGCCCUACAGCUUCUGGUUCAUCCACUACCUCAAGGACAAGGCGAACAUGUUUUACAAGCGCUGGGAGGAGCGUUUCGUGCUGGACGGCGCCGCGGAGCCCGCGGAGGCCGCGGAGCCCCAGCAGCCGGUAAAUGGGCGGCUUCCUGUCGGCGGCGGCCAGCAAGCUGCUGGGGGCGGGCCGAUCAUCGAAAGCGAGUGCAGCAACAUUAGGUGCUGCAGCAGCAGUAGCCAGCCCAACGUCCACGACCCGCGCCUGGCCACGCUGCCGACUGGCUGGGGCCAGCAGGGCGUGUCGGGUGAGUCCACGGCCAGCGGGCUCUCCCGAACGCCGUUCCGGUUUAGGAGAAACAAGCCCGCCAUGACGACCAUCUACGUGGACUCCAGGAACCGCGUCUCGGGCUCCGACAGCAACUUCACCUUCGAGCUCCCGGAGACGCUGCACAUGCAGACGAGCGCCAAAAUGGCGGUCUACAAGGUGCGCAUCGCGGACGCGUUUCUGAGCACCGACAGGGGCACGCACCUGUACUGGAUCGACGUGGCCCUGGGCACGCUGAACACGGCGGAGCUGCCCGUGGGCGCCUACACCGGCGCGCGGCUGGCAGCCUGGAUCUCCUCCAACUUCGCGGCCGCCACCUACGUGGAAGCCACGAACGCCAUCGAGGUGGCCUACGACUCGAAUCGCCGCAUACUUUCGGACGCGGAGCUCCGGGACCUGUUCCCGAACGGCCCGGGGUACCCCCAGGGCGCCUCGGCCACCCGCCCGCAGAGCAACCACCUGCUGGGCGGCAGCUACCUGGACGGCGCGCUGCAGAUCUUCCCGUGGGUGUCUAUGAACGCCUACAACGAGGUCUACCUUAGAUGCCGCGAGCUGGGCAACGCGGCCCACAUCCUGGGCCCCCUGGGAACGGACAUAAUCUGCAAGGUCAUCGUGGACCGAGGCGUGGGGCACGUCAUGAAGGACCAGACCGACGACGGGCACUUCGUGGAGCUCAGGGGCCCGAUCACGCUGCGGUCACUGAACUUUCGGCUGACGGACGUCAACGGCAACGAGGUGAACACCCGAGGCACGUCCGUCAGCUUCGCGAUUUUCCUCGACCCAGAAAAAUGA